AUGAUGGACAAGAUCGUGGCCCUCCACGCAGAUGACAUGGACGUCGUCGUGCAGCCCGGCGUCGGAUGGAUGGACCUCAACAGUCAGAUCAGCAGCUCGGGACUUUUCUUCCCCGUAGAUCCGGGUCCCAGCGCCAUGAUUGGUGGUAUGGUAGGUACCUCAUGCUCCGGUACCAAUGCUGUGCGUUACGGCACAAUGAAGGAUAACGUGGUCAACCUCACGGUCGUACUUGCUGAUGGUUCCGUAAUGAAGACUAAAGGUCGCCCUCGGAAGUCAUCUGCAGGCUACAACUUGACGAACUUGUUCAUUGGGAGUGAAGGUACCCUUGGCAUUGUCACAGAGAUCACUCUGAAGCUCGCGGCAGUUCCGCCGAAGACUGCGGUAGCGGUAACUACAUUCCCGUCAAUAUACGAUGCGAGUAAGGCGGCAGGGGAGAUCCUGAAGGCAGGCAUUCAAAUGGGGGCUAUGGAGAUUAUGGACGAUGUGCAGAUGGAUGUUGUGAACAGGGCUGGAGGAACCGGGAGAACGUGGGAAGCUGUUCCGACCAUGUUUGUCAAGAUCACGGGAAAUGACACGCAAAUCAAGGAGACCACCCGUUUAUUUCGCGAAAUUGCAAAACAGAAUAAAAGCGGCGACCUCGAAUUUGCCGGCACUCUUGACGAACAAGCCGCGCUAUGGGCAGCGCGAAAGCAGGCGUUAUGGUCCAUGUUGUCCCUACGUGAAAAGGCUGCGGAGGUCUGGACCACCGAUGUCGCGGUACCGAUGUCGCGACUACCGGAAAUCAUCGAGAAGAGCAAGCAGGAUGUCGCAGAUCUGGGGCUUUUUGCGUCUGUUCUUGGUCAUAUCGGAGACGGGAACUUCCACGCAUGCAUAAUGUACGACGCCCAAGAUGCAUCACAAGUUGCCCAAGGUAGAAUGGUCGACAAUGCGUUGGAGAUGGAAGGAACUUGCACUGGAGAACAUGGCAUCGGUAUAGGAAAGAAGACUCACCUGAUUGCGGAGGCUGGUCACGUUGCGAUUGGAGUGAUGCAACAUGUCAAGCAUUCACUGGACCCCAACUGGAUCUUGAAUCCGGGCAAAGUGUUUGACCAUCCUUCGGAGACGGACCCUGUUGGCCAUUAG